AUGAUGAAAUAUUUCCAAAAGGAAGGACUAUCAUGUUUAUCGCUGACAGAGAAAAGAUCCUUUCUAGUAGAAAAAGAUAUUAAAACUAGGAAGAUAUGCAUUACGAAGGAAAACUUUAAACAUAUUUUUAUACUAGAAAAUGUUGAUAUUAUUGCCGGCUUGUGUUUUAUGAACAUAUUUCUUUUUAUAUGUUCAGGUUUAAAAGAAGAUGAAAAUCAUGGAAAUAUUACUACAAAUAUUCAUGGAACAUUAUUUAUUAUAAGUUUAAUUUGUUAUUCUCUUGAAAAAAUUAUUCCAUUUUCAUUUUGUUCAGAUUUUUUAUUUAUCUUUCUUCUUUCCUUAUCAUGUACGUUACCAUUUUUAUCAUUUGAAUUAAAGAAUAAUUAUAAUGAUUGCUUUAAUACUAUUGUGUUUUUCCCUUUAUAUAUCUUAUUGUUUUUUACUAGAUACCAUAUAAGAUUAUUAUUCGUUUUAUUAAUAUUUUAUAUACUUAUCAUAUUUAUUAUAGACUUAUCCAUUAAUACAAGCAUAAUUUAUUCAUAUAUUCUCAUGUUCCUUUUUUUUACACUAUGUUUCAAUUUUAUUUUCUAUCGUUAUUUAUAUUAUUUCUCUAGAACCAUAUAUAUAUCCAAAUCCUCUCCUAAUAAUAUGUUAUUAAUAUUCCCUUAUAUUAAUGAAAUACAAGAUUUAAGCUUCAUAAAAAUUGCUGAUAUUCUCAUAGACUUAAAUAAUUAUAUACAUAUGAAAUGGAUGUACUUUUCACAAUAUCUAUCAACUAUCAAUUUAAACAAUCCACAACAUAUAAAAAAUUUGAAAAUUACUUCCACCAGAUUCUCAAACAAAUUCUAUACACUCAAAAAUCAAGAUAUCUUCAAAAAUUAUCCACCAUAUUUCUGUCUAAAAGUUCUCUAUCAUAAAAAAUUAUAUUUCCUCUCCUCUGCCAUUGAUAAAAAAAAAAAAAAAUGGACCAAAAUACACUUCAACAGAAAAAAAAUUAACUUGUACUUUUUGCUAGAAAUGAUUAAUAUAUAUAAUCAAUAUGAUAUAAAAAAUAUAAAUCAUAUUGUAGCUAGCCAAAAUAAAAAAAUUAUAAAUAAAAAUAUUAACAUGACUCACCAAAAUUAUGGUACAAUUAAUGAAAAUAUUAACAUGACUCACCAAAAUAAUGAUACAAUAAAUGAAAAUAUGUACAUAUCUAGCCAAAAUUAUAAUAUAAAAGAGGAAGAAAAAAUUAACAGAAAUAAUGAUAAACGUACCAACCGCAUAAGCAGAAAUGAUCAAAAAAACGGGAACCUAUUGUUAAACAAAAAUAAUAAUAAGAAGAAGAACACGAAAAAAGAGAAGAAGAUUAUUACACAAUCUGAAUAUGACACAUAUCAUCAAAUCAAUUCGACAAAAAUAAGGAACGAAUAUAAACAAAAUAGUAUACACGAUGAAUUGAAUCGAAAUUCAAACAAAAUAUAUAUUGUAAAGGAUUUCUUCUCUUCAUACAAUUGUGAUCCAUCUAUAAAGGGGAAAACUACGACUAAUAGUAUAAAAAAAAAAAAAAUAAAGAAGAAAAAAAUAAAGGAUAACCUUUUCAAAACGAAUCCUAUAUCCAAAAACAAAUAUGAAACAAAUUUUGAGUCCAAUUAUGUGAACAAUCUCACAAGUUAUAAUAAAAACAAUAUAGAAGAAAAGAAAUUAAAAAUAGAUCGACUUUAUGGAAAUAAUUUAACAGAACAAAUUACCUUAAAUGUUGAUAAAUAUAAUAAAAAGAAGAAAAUCCAUAAGGUCAUCAACACACAAAAAAAUAAUAUAACAGACAAAAUAUAUACAUUCGGAAAUGUAAAUGGGCAUGAAAAAGAUGAUAAUAUUUCUGCUAAUAAAAAAAAUAAAAAGUAUAUUACUUUAUCAAAACAUGGAUUAUCAUACAAUGUAAAAGAAAAUAAUGUGAAGGAAGAAUUUCAAAUAGAUAAUAAUCAAUCUAAUAAAAAGACAAAUAAUAUAAAAGAAAAAUAUUGUGAUAUAAAUAAUUAUUAUUACAAUUAUACAUUUAAAAAGAAUUAUAAUGAUACCACUAAUAUACAAGAAUUACAACAAAAAAGUAAUACAAAAGAUAUUUUUCCGAAUAUUACAAAAUGUAAAAAUAAGAAAAAAAAGGAAGAUCAUAUUAUAUAUUCCGAUGAUUAUAUACACAAUAAUUUAUAUAAUAUACAAAAUAUGAUGUCUAAUAAAAACGUUCUAACAAAUCGAAAAAGAACAAGAACUAUAACCAAUUCUGAUUUGUAUACAUCCGAAUCAUCGUAUACACAAUCUGAUGAAAUAUAUGGAAAAAAUAUUUUUUUCAUAAACUUUUCUUGUCUAUUUUAUAUAUUCAUGCUUAAAAUAAAACAUCUUAUAAAAUACAUUGAAGAAAUAAAUUCAGUUGUCCAAUGUGUUAAUUUUAAACAAGGGAUAGUACCAAAAAGAAGUAUACUAUUAUCUUUUCUUGAUCAAAAAACUGAACGAUAUUAUAUUAUGUGGUCCAAUUCAUAUGAUUUAGUAUAUUAUGUUGAUAACUAUAUAUAUCAUAUAAUUUUAAUUCUUACCUUUCAUCUUUUUUGUCUCUUUUUACGAAUAGCGCCAAUACACAUCACUCAAACAUAUUUUCUAUUUAAAAUGAAAUCCUUCUUAAUAAUCUUUAUGCUCAGAUUCUUCCUUUCUCUAGUAAUUAUCUUGAUUUUUAUAUAUCCUGUAUUCAGGACUAUCUCGAUUAACCCUCGAAAUGUUUUCAUAAUAAAAAUGAACUUUUUUAUCAUUUCCAUUUUUAUAUUAUUUUUGAGCAUAUUUGAUUAUAUCUGGACAAUAUUUAUUAUUCAUAAAAAUUGGUGGAUCAUACAAAAAGAGUCAUUACAUCGUCUGGAAGAUGUUUAUAAAAAUAUCCUUUUUUCAUAUGCCCAAUUUUUUGUUGUUUUUCCGAUAUAUUAUUUUCUUACCCUACACAGAUUAAAAAAUGUGUGGUAUAUAUAUAUCAUUUUUAUUUUUUCUAUAUAUAUAAUAUAUUGGCAUUAUAUUGGGACCUUCCUACUAGGUCUAAAAAUGAAUAUAUCUUUAGUCGUUUUACUAAUAAUAUCUAUAUUAUUUAUUAUCAGACCAUUCGAAAUAGUAAAACGAGAUAUAUUUUUAAAGUGUGUGUUACCCUAUAUAUUAUUUCUUGAUGAUAUAUUGCACUUCCUUUCUGAUGAGAAAAAACUCAAAUACCUGACAACAAAUAUUUAG